UUGGCGUCCAGAUUCGACGCUUCGGGGUUUCGAGCACCAAAGCGCGCGUUUCACGAAACUUAUUUUCGACUUGUGCGAUGUGGACGGUUAUUUUUGGGUGGGUUUGAGGACCUGAAAACGGAGAAAAUUAUGAGAGGAUGAAUAGGAGUAGUUUUCCAUGGAACUUCACUAAAGUGCAUGCAACGAAAUUUCCUCCGAGACCUACAAAUUAAAUUCGACCUAACUAAAUAACAUGGACCAAUUAGGGUUUUGCCGCAGAAUCCGCAGUUACGGAGCGUAAUAGAAACCACCGAGAUUGGAUAAUUUGGAAGCUCGACAAAGAUGUAAUUAAGCCUUGCGAUAAUGUCCGACUCGAACAGCAGCUGUUCCCCCGACCUCCCCGGCAACUUCUCGACAAUUUUCGGUCAAACCGACGUCGCCCAAUGGGAAGCCCUCCUCACCAUCGUCACUCUAACCUUCAUCAUCCUCCUCACAAUCAUCGGCAACGUCCUCGUCAUCCUCAGCGUCUUCACCUACAAACCCCUCCGCAUCGUCCAAAACUUCUUCAUCGUGUCCCUCGCCGUCGCCGACCUCACCGUCGCCAUCCUCGUCAUGCCCUUGAACGUCAUGCUCUCCAUUCUAGGCCGCUGGGUCUUCGACAUCCACAUAUGCAAAAUGUGGUUAACAUCCGACGUCCUCUGUUGCACAGCUUCGAUCCUAAACUUGUGUGCAAUCGCUUUGGACAGGUUUUGGGCAAUCACAGAUCCGAUCAAUUACGCACAAAAACGCACCUUAAAAAGAGUCCUCCUCAUGAUUGGCGGGGUGUGGGUGUUGUCACUUGUCAUCAGUUCACCCCCAUUGAUCGGGUGGAAUGACUGGCCUGAAGCCGAAGAAUUUCACUUGAUACAAGAGUGUAAAUUGACGGAGAGACAAGGUUAUGUCAUUUAUUCCUCAUUGGGGUCGUUUUUCAUCCCUUUGUUCAUCAUGACAAUUGUCUAUGUUGAGAUUUUCAUCGCGACGAAACGACGCUUGAGGGAGAGGGCGCAAGCGUCGAAAAUCAACGCCAUUUCGAGGAACCAAUCGGCUUUGAAAGAAGUGCAACAUGACAGGGAGAGUGUCAGUAGCGAAACUAACCAUAAUGAACACCCGGAAAUAAAGGAGAAGAAGAAGAAAAGUAAGAAGAAACGAAAAGAUGACAAUGUUGACAACAACGCUUAUCUGAAACCGAUUCUAGUCCAUGAAGAUUCUCUCACUGACAAUCCGGAAACUUCCUCGAUUUCGCAACCCAACCCUUGUACUUCCGACAACCACAAAAUCACCAUUUCUGAGUCAACAACAGUGUCAAAUUCCCCACAAUUAAACAAAGUUCUUCUCCCAGAAGCUGCCACUCCUGUGGUGAAAAAACCGGGAUUGGUGUACCAAUUCAUCGAAGAGAAACAACGCAUUUCGCUAUCGAAAGAAAGACGUGCUGCGCGAACUCUUGGUAUAAUAAUGGGAGUGUUUGUGGUGUGUUGGUUGCCCUUCUUCCUCAUGUAUGUAACAAUCCCGUUUUGUCCCACUUGUUGUCCUUCCAAAAGACUCAAGAACUUCAUCACUUGGCUAGGUUACAUCAAUUCAGUGCUCAAUCCCAUCAUUUAUACGAUUUUUAAUCUGGACUUUCGGCGCGCUUUUAGAAAGCUUCUGGGGAUGAAACCGUGAGUUUUGGAUACAUCCGUCGACAACUAAUUGAUAAUUCCCGCGUUUUUUCAAAGACUGAUUUCUAGAGUC